AUGCCACCCAUCAUCGCGGGGCGACACAAACGCAAAGUUCGAUUUCCAGCCGCUAACCUCCAACCACCUAACAUCAUAUCAACACCUGCUCCAGCCCAACAACGACAGAGCCAACAGAAGCGCCCGGGGAACAAAUACCCCUCUCCUCUCAAGCCUGCCAAAUCUGGCAAUCCCAGUAAUCCCCCUAGAAUGGCCAGCCCACAAGAGCCCCGGCCGGGGAUCCCAGCCUUGUUCACGCAGCCGCCACCUAUCCGCGACCCGCUCGUGACGGAGACCAUCGAGCUGCAGGACGCAACUCUGGAGAAGUGCCUGGAUUUUCUGAAGGGCCUCCAUAUUUCCCAAAAGGGCUCCUUCAAUGCUUCCGGGGUCCCCGCUCUUCAACGGGAUGAUCAUAUCGCUUAUCUCUAUGAUUCUCUGGAAGAUUACCCCGAGGGCUUCGUCGCCAUGGAUGCGAGUCGCCCGUGGAUGGUCUAUUGGGCACUCGCUGGAUUGACGCUGUUAGGUGAAGAUCCUACGCGUUUUCGUGAGCGGGUCCUGGGAACACUCCGUCCCAUGCAAAAUCCCACCGGCGGCUUUGGUGGCGGACAUGGCCAGAUAUCACAUCUUGCUGGAAGCUAUGCAGCCGUUCUCUCACUCGCCCUUGUCGGAGGCGAGGAUGCCUUUUCAUUGGUCGAUCGUGAAGCAAUGUGGCGAUGGCUGGGCCGAUUGAAGCAGGCUGAUGGAGGAUUCAGCGUCACAGAAGGCGGGGAAGAAGAUGUGCGCGGUGCGUACUGCGCAGCGACCAUUAUCUCGCUGCUCGAUCUGCCUCUGGCUCUACCGCACGAUGCAAAGAAAGCCCGAGAAGCAGGCUUUGAGACUUUGACGGAUGGACUGGCGGAAUAUUUGUCGCGCUGUCAAUCUUUCGAAGGUGGCAUCUCCGGCAGCCCCGGCGUCGAAGCACAUGGAGCAUACGCUUUCUGUGCCCUCGCCUGUUUGUCAAUGCUGGGACCCCCAGAAGAGACUAUUCCCAGGCACAUGAACAUCCCCCUGCUACUGUCAUGGCUCUCUGCUCGACAGUACGCCCCAGAGGGUGGCUUCUCCGGACGAACGAACAAGUUAGUUGACGGCUGCUACAGCCAUUGGGUCGGAGGAUGCUGGCCCUUGCUGCAGUCCGCUCUAGAUGGGAAGCCACAGCCAUCGGGUACUCCCUCGACAACCGUUGGCAACUUGUACAGCCGGGAGGGACUUGACCGAUACAUUCUCGGCUGCUGCCAAUCUCCCAGAGGUGGUCUUCGAGACAAGCCGGGCAAGAGUCCGGAUUCCUAUCACACCUGCUACGUCUUGACUGGCUUGAGCGCAACCCAACACCACCACUACCGCACGACGAGCAGUAUCACCUCCAGUGAGAAAUUCGCCUCGGCGUUCUCGUGGCAUUCCUCACCGGUUCGCGGGGAGGAUAACGUGUACGACAAGGCUGACCGCCUCGUUGCCUUUCACCCGCUGUAUGUCAUUCCGCACCAGGCAGCUGCGAACAUGCGGCUCUGGUGCGAGGCACAGCCCGUUGCAACCUAG